AUGGAUCCAAGCGAGGGGCGACCAUACAUAGAAGCUUCCGAACAGGAAUUACCUCCUCUGUAUGAAUCCGUGAACAGCAGAGACAGCGAGGAGAAGUCAUCACCUUGCUCAAAUAUAAACCGAACUUUAUUGCCAUUUAAAGCUUUCUAUUACUUCUUCUAUGGCGCAAUCGGUUCCCUUUUUCCUUUCAUCGCACUUUACUUCAGACAUCUGUGGCUGUCGCCUACACAAGCAGGACUGUUGGUUGGCUUAAGACCAAUCAUACAGUCUAUUACUACACCAUUUUGGGCACUAUUCGCUGACAGGUUCAAUGCAAAGAAAAUAGUCCUCUUCAUUGGCUUAUGUGGCUGGUUGUUCGCGCAUACCAGCAUUCUUCUUGUUCCAGCUGGUAAAAAACCGUUGAGUUGUGUCGAGAACUCAACGCACGUGACAAAGCGAUCCGUUGACUUCAGCUAUGAUCCCUUGCCCAACAAUAUUCCCGGCGAGGAAUAUAAUCCAUACCCGCAAGAAAUUCUCGAUUAUAACCCCGUGGACAUUAGCUAUGCCUCUCUUAAUGAUAUCACCCGCAAACAACGUAACCAAAACCCACGAGACAGUCUCAGUUACGACUCGGCUGCGUCCGACAUGAAGUUAUUCGAGCAGGAGAACCCAAGCGACCAAGUAAGAUUCUCUCGUAAACAAUUUCCAAACAAGUCAUCAUCACAAAACUCAAUGAACAUUUCUUCCGAGAUUAAAACGAAAGAUACAGUUCAACCUAAUUUGGCUGACAAAGAUGAAUCCAACUUAGAUUCGAAGAACAAUGACAAUGGAAAAGGGUCCUGGUGGACUUUAAGUAGUAUGCAUGAACCUCUCGGUACCUGGCAUACUUUCACUUACCUUUUCUUAGUAAUUUUGAUUGGGAAUUUGUUCGCGGCCCCCGCACAAACCAUGGCAAACACCGCAACACUUCAGGUUCUCGGUGAUGAUACGUACAAGUACGGCGGGCAGCGAUGUUUCGGCUCGAUAGGUUGGGGUGUGUCAGCAUUUGUCGUGGGAAUGUUAGUGAGUAUGAACCACGACAGCUCACUUGCUUGUGAUGGAAUUGAUGAUAUCAAUUACAGUCCUUGUUUCUACGCGUUUGGCUUCUUGAUGCUCUGCGCAUUGGUCGUCGCAAUACCUUUCAAAUUCCAAAACCCAACGGAAGUUAAUCCACAUGAAACUCGCGCUCAUUUAGUUCAAGUUUGUCAACAACUUGAUUGCCUCACACUGUUUGUUUUCUUCACAGUCUUACUGGCCGGUUUUAAUAUGGGUUUUAUUCAGACUUUUCUGUUUUGGUAUUUACAGUCAUUGGGUGGAUCUCAAACUCUCUUUAGUUUGAUUCUUGGUUUUAACGCAGUUGGCGAAAUGAUUGGGUUCCUGUUAUCCGUGAAGCUCAUUUCAAAGUAUGGCCAUUUGAAGGUAUUGGCUUUGGGUAUUUUUGCUUAUGCGGUUCGUUUGACCGUAUACGGAGUGGUUGAAAAUCCUUGGCUAGUCUUGACUGUGGAGUUCCUCAAAGCAUUCACAUCUUCAGCUGUUUGGGCUGGGGCGAUGUCUUACGUCGGAGAUAGUUGUUACAACGGGUCAACCUUGGCAGCUGUAGCGCACAUGCUGUACUGGGGAGUUGGUUAUGGCGGAGGAGGUAUGUUAGGCGGAGUGUUGAUGGAAGCUGUUGGUGCUCCAACGACUUUCCUUGGUUUGGCUGUCAUAAGUCUUGGUGUGGUAAUUCUUAUAUUGGUAGUCGUUCAACUGAAUUGUUGUCCAAAGAGAAAGCAAGAUAUCUACAUGCCUGUGGAGAGUGAUGACGAAGAAUUAGAACAGGAGUCUGAUUGA